AUGUCCCUUUCCAACAAGCUCGGCAUCUCCGAUGUCGAUGUCAAGGACAAGCGAGUACUCAUCCGAGUCGACUUCAACGUUCCUCUAGAUUCAGACAAGAAGAUCACCAACAACCAGCGCAUAGUCGGAGCUCUCCCCACCAUUAAAUAUGCCGUCGAUCACGGUGCCAAAGCCGUCAUCCUCAUGUCACAUCUUGGCCGACCUGACGGCAAAGCAAAUCCCAAGUACAGCCUAAAGCCUGUCGUACCUGAGCUCGAGAAGCUACUGGGCAAGGAUGUCAUCUUCACCGACGACUGCGUUGGAAAAGAGGUCGAAGAGACGGUCAACAAGGCAUCUGGUGGACAGGUCAUCCUGCUCGAGAAUCUGCGCUUCCAUGCUGAGGAAGAAGGCUCAAGCAAAGAUGCAGACGGCAAGAAGGUCAAGGCCGACAAGGACAAGGUUGCAGAGUUCCGAAAAGGCCUCACCGCGCUGGGAGAUGUCUACGUCAACGAUGCCUUUGGUACCGCCCACCGUGCCCACAGCUCCAUGGUCGGCGUCGACCUGCCACAGAAGGCUGCUGGCUUCCUCAUGAAGAAAGAACUCGACUACUUUGCGCAAGCACUCGAGGAUCCCAAGCGACCAUUCCUUGCCAUCCUCGGCGGUGCCAAGGUCUCUGACAAGAUCCAGCUCAUCGACAACCUGUUGGACAAGGUCAACAGCCUCAUCAUCACCGGCGCGAUGGCCUUCACCUUCAAGAAGACCCUAGAGAACGUCAAGAUCGGCAACAGUCUCUUCGACGAACCAGGCAGCCAGAAGUGCGCCGAGAUUCAAGAGAAAGCCAAAAAGAACAAUGUCAAGAUCAUCCUACCCGUCGAUUACGUCGCAGCCGAGAAGUUCGACAAGGACGCAAAGACUCAGAACGCCACUGACUCAGACGGCAUCCCCGACGGCUGGAUGGGCUUGGACGUCGGCGAGAAGAGUAUCGAGCUCUACAAAGAGGCCAUUGGUGAGGCGAAGACCAUCCUCUGGAACGGCCCGCCCGGCGUCUUCGAGAUGGAAAAGUUCGCAAACGGCACAAAGAAGACCAUGGAUGCUGCUGUGCAGGCUGCUGGUAAUGGGAAGAUCGUUAUCAUUGGAGGUGGCGAUACUGCUACUGUGGCGGCCAAGUAUGGUGUUGAGGAUAAGCUGAGCCAUGUCUCGACCGGUGGUGGUGCUAGUUUGGAGUUGCUGGAGGGCAAGGACUUGCCGGGCGUUUCUGCGCUGUCGAGCAAGUAG